UAUGCUUUCAAGGGUUAUGCCAAUCCUUUCGGCCACACUCCCAUUUGGUCAAAUAGCCGCUUUCGGCCGCCGUUCACUUCGGCUGUCCUUCAAUCGGCCAGCUAUUCGACCACACAGCGACACAGGGUACGCCAAAGAUUUCAAGCAGACCACUUUAUCCAGCGGUUCUGCAGGAUUGUUCCAUUUUCACGAUUUUCAUACAGCAAUUUUCACGUGUCAACGAGUGACGACGCUACAACCAUGUCUGACAGUGUACGCAAAACUGUGCGCGUCGAUGUUUUGCACGACAACCAUGUGUUCAUCCGCGGCCGCGUGGUGGAUGUUGUUGACAACGGGCUGUUCAUCGAUUUCUUCUGUCCCAACCGUCGACGGGAACUAAUCCCGUUUAAUCGAAUUUUCCUAAGCAGGAAGCCACUGGCGGAUAGAGAGCUGGCCGUUGCGUACGCUGACGCCAAACCCGGCCUGACAAUUCCGGUGGAAAUGCUGAUGCCCCAGACAUCCUCUGGUCCAUGGGCCUGGCUACCGGCAGAAAUCGUCAAUGUAACGCGCGGUAUGCGCCCCACAGCGUCCUGCGUAGCCGUUGUCCAAUGGAUGCAUAAUGGCGAACCCUGUACGGAUUUGAUUCCGCUGGAGCGAUUGUGUUGGAGAGUGGCAAGCGAUUGGUGGGGCACUGUAGGCCAGGAGGCUCCAGCCCAGCUUCCUUCCUCAUACAACUGGCAUAAUGGUAGCGCUGUCCUGAACAAACUACUGGCCACUUACUUGAAGCCAGUUGAGCCCGGUUCCUUCGAAAAACAUAGUGUAGCGUUGCCGGAAGACUGUCUCCAUGUGGAUGUUGAUAAACUGAUCCAGUACUUAAAUGGCAGAGCCUGGCGACGCUCAGGUUCUGACUGCCGACCAGCAUCUUUCGUGGACGUAAUGAACGGACGCGUGUCGUAUAUUCGGCGAUGGAGUCAAGAUUGGAAUCAUUUUCUAAUUGAUGAGGCCGACGCUGCCGAAUAUCAUAAGGUUUUAACUUCACGUAUACGGUAUACGCAAUAUUUGUGGGAUGCUGACAGAAGAAAUCACUCGAUUUGUGGGAAUUGACGACGUGGGUGUGCUACCGCCAGCAAUGCUGCUGGAAGUGUUUUCCCAGCUGGAUACCAUUACGCAAACCAGAUUGCGCACCGUUUGCGCUGCGUGGAACUGCAUUCUGGAAUUACCGACGUUAACGGCCUGCAUCGUGGUUACCGGCUUUUACAAUAACCUUGCCUAUUUGGUGGUUCGCAACCAGGCGCUUUACUUUCUAAUGGCAACUGUUUUCAAGUGCUUUCGUAAAUCCACGCAGCACAUCGUUGUGGACGAUCGCAAACACUGGAUGGACACCGGCGAUUUUCUGAUGCUGACUGAUGUGAUACGCUAUGUGGGCCGAACAACAGCGAGCCGUUUGCGAGCGAUCCAUGUACUGGGGCUGCGCUUGGAACUGCGGUUCGGCAACGCUUUUCGCUAUAAGGAUAAAUGUCAAGUGCAUCGCUAUAAGGCCGAAGAUUCAAGGGAUUUCAAGUGGGUGACGUAUCGUCUGUUCCAUUUCACCGCAGCUUGUGGGGAUCUGCCUUGCGAUGCCCUGCAUCUGGUUAACUGCACUCUCGAUUUGGAAUAUGCGUGGAGAGAUGAAGAGUUGGAGAAGGCUGAGGAGCUGGAGCUGUCGGUUGAGCUGGCAGCGGCGCAGUUGCCGCUGAGUGAUGAUUUGGGUAGCGCGUUGUGGGACGCGAUGGAGAGAAGCCUGCCACUGUUGGAUGGGAAGCAACUCGCCAGAUUGGCAAUGUGGUUGAAAUCGGUCACUGCUGGUGAAGGUCGAGGUUAUCAGAGUGGACUAGCUGGCAGGGUGCUGUGCGCGACUCAGACAGCCGACCCGCGUCCUACUUCCCAUUACCGCAAAAAGGAAUGGUGUGUUACCGGCCUGAAGGAUUUGCAGCUGGAUAAACUGUCUUCUGUUGCGCUGCAUUUCCUGGUCGAGCUUAUUGAUUUUUUCAAUAGACCGUCGACAAGCGAUGACGACUCGUACGACAGCUAGGGCGAGACAUGCCAUUGGGCGGAUGACGAGUCAGAUGACACUAAUUUCAGAAAACUUUUUUUCGAGUUUUUAAUGUGUGUAAAUAAGUCUGUAGGUCCGUUUUAUCUUGUGUUUUUCUUUUUAUGUUUAGAAUAACACCGCAUUAUGAGGCGUCUGUUUUCGCUUAUAUUCGCUAGUUGCAGUCUGUUAAUUAAGAUAAAUAUUGUACUUUUUUUCCUCAAUGGCAGUGAAUGAUAAGAUACAAGUAUCGAUAUUAAUUUUAC